ACGGAUUCGUGUGCAAAGUGUUUAAUUCUGGUCGGUGAAGUGGGGUGGUAGGGGACCGCACAUGCAAUUGUAUGACUGAUGCAGGCAGUAUGGUCAGUAUGCCGAAAGUUCAGUUUUUGGGUAUGUGACUGCAGUGUCGUCACGUGUGUGCGGUGGUUAUAGUUCGUAUGUAAAUGUGACAUUUAUAAACCCUCUGUAGAGAGAGGAAGAGUUUUCUGCUGCUAGAGAAUACAGCAGUUUUGUCCGGAAAUUUUAUAGCAACGAGAGAUCGUGCUUCUAUAUGCCUCAUAUUGAUAUCUCUUUAUCUUUAAGAUAUUAACCUUCAGUUAUUUCUUCAAAUGAAGAUACGCAACUUUCUCAUACUGUUAAUGGUGGUUAAUACCCAUGGUACAUUGUCACAGGGUGACAAAAGGAGAGAGAAACCACCAAAAGAAAUAAAAAUUAAAAGGGGACCUGUAGAAGAAAAUGUAAUUGACAGGGAGUUAGUUGUGGAAGACCCAUUGCCUGAAGAUAUCAUUUUGGAACAUCAGACAUAUGAGGCAAAGGUAGAUGUACAUUUUUCUGGAAAAGUUUUAGGUUAUGUUACACCUUGGAAUAAUCAUGGGUAUGAUGUGGCUAAGGUAUUUGGAAGAAAGUUCAGUUUUAUUUCACCUGUAUGGUUGCAAGUACGGAAGGAGGCACCGAACACAUAUAGCUUAACUGGCACUCAUGAUAUUGACCUUGGCUGGAUUGAAGCAGUAAGAAAUAACAGUGGUCACACUGUAAGUGUAGUACCUCGUGUGUUGUUCGAUGGUUGGAAUGUUAAAGACUUGAAUACAUUGUCCUUUAAUAAUGAUGAGCAGGAACAUUUAAUUAAAACUUUGUUGAAUUCUGCUAAAAAAUAUAACUUUGAUGGGUUUGUACUUGAAUUAUGGAGUCAGGCAGUUGGUAGAAUGAACAAGAUGUACCUGGUUCAGAUGGUCCAGCAGAUGGCCCACAAAUUUAAAAGUGCUAACAUUUUACUAAUACUUGUUAUUCCACCCGCACAUAGUAAUGAUUUAGAAGCAUUUGAUACUGAAGAUUUUCAGCAGUUGGCAGGUGAUGUUGAUGCAUUUUCACUCAUGACUUAUGACUUUUCAAGCCCACAAAGACCAGGUCCUAACAGCCCACUAAUGUGGGUUCACAGUUGUGUGGAGAGGCUUGUUCAUCGUUCAGAUGAUUCCCGGCGAUCGAAAAUACUUCUUGGCCUUAAUUUCUAUGGAAAUGAUUACACCCCAAUGGGUGGUGGUCCCAUUGUGAAUCAUCAGUAUAUAUCUUUGCUGAAACAGUUCCGCGGGCGUUUGCAGUAUGAUCAGAAUUCUGGAGAGCACUAUUUUGAGCUCAAGUUAAAGACAGGACGACACUUGGUAUUUUAUCCAACCUUGUAUUCUAUACAGAAGCGCAUUGAAUUGGCAGAAGAACUAGGUACAGGACUGGCUAUCUGGGAACUGGGACAAGGUCUAGAUUAUUUCUAUGAUUUGUUUUAGUAGGAGCUAAAAAUAAUUGUCUUUGGAUGAAGUUAAACAAAAUUGAUUGCACUAUGUACUGGUAUAUUAAAAUGAUGUUUAAUUAUUUUAGCUAUUAUUACAUUUUGUGUAUGUAAUGGUUAGUGUUAUACAUAUUCAGGAAUUAGAAUUAGAAUCUUAACUUUCUCUAGUACCAUAACAGUGCUUGUGGUGGGAAGGAAGUAGUGGGAUGGUUGUAGAAAGUCCGCAGGACUUUUUUUAAGGGUUCAUAAUACCCAAAAUGGUCAUAGGUAAAAUAAAAUCAUCUAUGCAAAGACAUAGCACCUACUUCCUCGUAUACAAUUAAUAUUGGCUGUGUUACCUUGGAAACAAAGCGGCCUCCGUAGUCUAGAGGUAACGUUCCCACCUCAUGACUCGUGGUACAUGGGUUCAAACCCGGUGGAGG